GCAUCAAUAUGGACUUGCGCGUCCACCCUAACCAUUCAAAUUUAGCCAGCAAGCGAAAUGCAACUUAUCCUGUGAUAUUUCCUCUUACUUCCUCUUUCCUUGUAUAUAUAUAUACACACACACGACCCUCUACGGUUCUGUACCCAAGAACACUACUGCUUCAGUCGUGUGAGAUCAAGAUCAUGGGCGUCUUGGAUCACCUCUCCGAUUUGUGCAGCAUGACAGACACAAAGGCAGCCCUCAAGCUCAGGAAGAGGCGGCCACUGCAGACGGUAAACAUCAAGGUGAAGAUGGACUGUGAGGGCUGCGAGAGAAGGGUCAAGAACGCCGUCAAGUCGAUUCGGGGUGUGACGGCCGUGUCAGUGAACCCCAAGAUGAGCAAGGUGACGGUGACGGGGUUCGUGGAGCCGAGCAAGGUGCUGGCGCGGGUGAAGAGCACCGGGAAGGUGGCCGAGAUGUGGCCCUACGUGCCAUACUCGCUCACCACCUACCCCUACGUCGGCGGCGCCUACGACAAGAAGGCGCCGGCGGGCUUCGUCCGCGGCGCGCCGCAGGCCAUGGCCGAUCCAGGGGCGCCGGAGGUCCGGUACAUGAACAUGUUCAACGACGAGGACGUGAACUCCUGCACCAUCAUGUGAUGAACUGAUGAUACCUACGGUCUUGACAGUCUCCAUCCUAGCCAGCCGGCCAGCCACCCAGCAAAGACCACGCGGCCUAGAUACCAUCACAGAAUAGGCUAUUCUACAUCCAGCUACGUAAUAGUAAAUCCACGCGUGUACGAUUUUGUGUGAUUUGUUCAUAUCAGAUGUAAUUGUAAUUUCAUGGUAAAGGCUAAAUUAUCACUAUGAGUUUUCUUUGCGAA